AUAUUUAAAGUUGAUUUUCAAAGUGACAAACAAUGUGUAGUGAUAAGAAGUAGGUUAAUCAUUUAUAAUGUAUAAACAAUAGAUUUCUGAAGACUUGGAUACACAGAAAGUUAAAUUAUUAAAUAAAUUAUUCAAGUUUAUAAAACCUUUUUAUACAUAACUUAAUAAAACAUGUAUAUACCAAGAAAACGUUUCUACAAUAAUUACUUAUUUAUAUUUGCGUUACUUUCUGUUUCUGUGUUGUUUUUUUGUGAAUAUCUUAUAUAUUACAUAGUACUUACACAGUGUAAUUGGCCAUCUUUAGACCCACGUAAGGCUGUUUCAUCUGUUGAUUCAUCAAAGUUUAAUGAAAAUUCUGUACGAGCUAUGUUCAUUUCUGAUACUCAUUUACUUGGUCCUAAAAAAGGCCACUGGUUUGAUAAGUUGAGAAGAGAAUGGCAAAUGUAUAGAGCAUUUCAAACAGCUAUAGCAAUUCAUAAACCAAAUAUAAUUUUUAUUUUAGGUGAUAUAUUUGAUGAAGGUGAUUGGUCUAAUGAUAAGGAAUUUGAUAAUUAUGUAUCAAGAUUUCACUCUCUGUUUUCCGUACCAGAUGGUGUUCGCCUUUAUACAAUGGCUGGAAAUCAUGACAUAGGAUUUCACUAUGCCAUAACACCUUAUACAAAUCAAAGAUUUGUAAAUAAAAUGAAAGCACCCAGUGUUAGAAGAAUCAGUAGUAAUGGUAAUCAUUUCAUCUUGAUCAAUAGUAUGGCAUUAGAAGGAGAUAGUUGUUUUCUAUGCAAGUCUACAGAAAUUGCGAUAAAUAAAAUUGCUGAACAAUUACAAUGUGCAAAAGGAAUAGAUAAUAAUUGCACUAAGAGCAAAGAUAAAUUAUCCAUAUACAGUCGUCCUAUUCUUCUUCAGCAUUAUCCAUUGUACCGUGUAUCUGAUGAAAUAUGUAAUGAACCUGAUGAAGCACCACGUGAACUAAAAAGCUUACAAUUUCGUGAACGGUGGGAGUGUUUAUCAAAGGAAGCAUCUAAACAACUUUUAGAUAUUUUAAAUCCAAGACUGGUUGUUGAUGGUCACACUCACUAUGGUUGCAGAAGAAUACAUAAAGAUGAUAUCUUGGAAUUUACAAUCCCUUCUUUUAGCUGGAGAAAUAUCAAUAACCCAUCUUUCUUAUUAGCAAUUGAUGAAAUGGAACAGAGAGAUCUCCCACAGGCUUUUCGCUUGUUGGGAGAAAUGAAUGCUAAUGUUCUGCAAGUAAACCAACUUGUAGAUAAUAUGUUGGUGCGUGUAAAAAAUGGAGAAAUCUCAACGGACAAGGGUCUUAGUUUCUUAGAGAUGAAGUAUCAUAUGUUACUUUCCUAUCUUAUUAAUUUAACUUACGUAGUCUUAAGAAAAUGUUCAGGUGAACGUAUUGAAGGUGACCCCUCUAUUGAUCGCCUUAUUGAAAUCAGGACAGUCCUAGAAAAAAUCCGACCAAUAGAUAACAAGCUUAAAUAUCAAAUAGAUAAACUUGUUAAGACUGCAGUAACUGGUACCACUAACAGUAAUGAUCCCACUAAUUUUAAAGCAGAUCCUGAUGCAAUAAUUGCUAAGAUUGAUAGUUUUGAUGAAGAGUCGGAUAGUGAUCAAGAAGGCGAUGAAGAUGGUUUUAAAUCAUCUCAAAUCAGAAAAUCAAAUAUCUAUGUGCCACCAAAACUUGCUGCUGUUCACUAUGACGGAGAUGAAACAGCAGCAGAAAAGAUGCGUAAGGCUGGUGAAAGAGCCCGCAGACGUGCAGUCUCUGGUGCAGUGUUAAGGGAAUUAAAAGAAGAAUACCUAGAUGCACCGAUAGAAGAUGCACAAGGGUUAAUUGAAAAACAAGCCAGUUUGGGGCGUGAAAAUAAGCGAAAGAUUGAAUAUGAAGAAAAUUACAUGACACGUUUACCUGUUACCAAACAAGAAAAACAUAGACGCCGUCAGAUUACAACUCUUGGUACUCUUGGUGAUGAAAUUACUAGUUUCGGAGAGACUUCAUCUGUACCAUCCAAAACAAGAAAAACUCAGAAAAAAGGAAAAGCUAAAAAAAGUUUUAAAAAAAAACGGCACCACUAAAUCAGCUUUAUAGUAACUUAUAGAGCAGAAUUUCAUACAACAUUAAUUAUUAAGGUAACGUGCAACAAAAUUUACUUAACUUCUUCUUGACAACAGCAGAUGCCACUAAUACUCGUUUACUAAAUAAUGCUAUAACUCAUAACAUCUAGUAAUGAAAGACUACCAUCGAUGGUGAAGUGAAAUAGCACGAUGGUAAUUUAUUACUGUGUAUAAGACAUACUAAUGGUCGUGUAAUUAAUACUUAUAGUUAAUACUGAUUUUAACCUUUAACUGUUGUCUGAAAUCAAUUUUUAUCUGUGGAGUUGAAAUAUUCCAUCAAAAAGAAGAAAUAGUAUAUUGGUAUGAAAGGAAACAAUUCCAAUAAUAUAUGUGGGGUACAUACGAGCUUAAUUUAAUAAAACAAAGAUUCUCAUCAUGUAUAUGGUUAAGAAACUAAUGGAUUUCGGCUCCAAGAUUUAAAAUUGUAAGUUAAGCAUAAAAGUUGAAAGUAGGCAAUGGGUCUGCUUUAUUUUGAGAUAUUCUCCAGCUAUAAAUAAUGGAAUCAAUAACAUAGCAGGAAGAAUGAUAUUGAAUUAAUUGUUAAAAAAGCGUAAAAAUCACAAGACAUUCAGUGCAAAGUUAUGAAAUUCGUGUUUAACAUGGAAAAAUACUGUUUAGGAACUGCAAAAAUUUUGCAACUUCUACGAAUAAUGAUUCAUUGUAUGAUAUCGCAUGUCUUAGGAUUUUCUCGCUGUCUAGUGUAGUAAAGUAGUUACUAGUUUAACUAUUAAAUGUAUGUUUCGUUUGUUUUUCCCCUGGUGAACUGUUGAGGCUAUUACAUCUUGAUGUGAAUCAUAUUUUAUGUUAAGUUUCUUUUUGCAAUGUAUUUAUACAUUGUAAUUGUUAUUUUAACUAAAAAUUAAUUUCAUUAAGUGGUUAAACUUAUAUUAAAUAUAAUAUAAGGAUAACGUAAUCGUGUCAAAAUUCAAAAUUGAUAUAGUAAAUUUUUGUAGUACUGUUUAAGUUUGCAGUGUUUAGUUUUUAAGGAGGGGGAACAUGUUACGUCGAAGUACAAACUAAUAAAGGAAGACUUAGAGCGAAAAUCACUUCUGCAAUAGUGAAUAAGACCUGUACAAUCAAAUCGCGGGAUAUAUUUAACUCUUGCGCUUGAAUAUAGGUUCCAUUUUUUAAAUAUUACUAAAUGAGAUUACAGGGUGACUUUUUCAUGUUAAAGGAGUAUUACCUCCUUUAAAAUAAAAGGAAUGCAAUAUUGUGUAGAUUUCUAACAUAGUUCACGCUUGGAUAUGAGUGUUCGUUGCUCAUUCCUGCAGAAGUGGUCCGCAUUACCUUUGAGAGUGUUAAUUCGCCAUAUGCUGACCAAGGGCUCAACCAUCCAUAGAUGUUAUAUUUUUUACAGAAGUGUUCAUAGAUUGAGCUAUCUUGGUAAGGCAUGAUGUUACAUGUGCCUCCUCUUUUCUAAUCUGUGAAAAUGAUUAAAAUGUGAUAAAUUAUUCAAGAAAUAAUAUGUAAAAAAAAAAACUAACAAAAUAACACAAUUGCUGGGCAUUAUUUACAAGUGCUAGCAAGCCUAAUGUCAGCAGCCUUGUCGUAUUUGGUAAUGAAGUUGAAAUACCGAAUAGCGGAAAAAUUUUGAGAUAAUUUGUGUUAUAACACUUGCGUGUGAGCAUGAAUGAUUGCAAGUGUAUGUAUAAUGUUGCUCUACAUUUUAAGGAAACAAAAGUAUAAACGCAAUUAGUUUCAAGAUUUAUCCGUGAUUUGGAUUUUUCAUACUCCAUGCAUAGACGAUAAUUUUCUAAGCACCCUUACAACUAAGAGAUCUAUGAGCCCAGAACAAAUUUAUAGUUAAACAGUCUGUUUUAAUCAAUCAACUAUUUUCAUAUCACCACGAAUUAUAUAUAUAUUUACGCCGAAAGAAAUAUUAUUUACAAUAAAAAUAUGAACUGGGAGACUUAUAGUAUAUAGUAUAAACUCAAUAAAUUUUUUUUAAAUAAUAGCAAUAUAAUCGUCAAUGUUUUGGGCUUGUAGUAAAAGAGUAUGGGUGUAAAAAAGAUAUUCAUAUGAGACACAUAUCCGCACAUAACAUAUAGCAGCAAGAUAAUAGGAUUAUAUUGAAUACACUACCUCAAAUCAAUAGAAAUAUGGAGUUACAGUAAUGAAACUGUAACAGUUUCGUUUGCAUAACUAUGUCAUCCUUUAUUGUUUAAAUAUUUACUGUACUGAGAUUUUUUUACUAGAAUUCUUUAGAUUGUUAUAUUAUAUUUACAAAAAAUAUAUAAAGUUUAUUCUAUUUGAAAUAGAAUCGUUUUCAUAUGGUUUUGUAUCUACAUAGUAGAUAGAUAUAUGAUUGAUCAAUGUACAGAAAGACAUAAGGAAUGUAAACGUUACUGUAAACAGUGAUUUUAAAGUAGUUCUUCAAAUCCAACAAUGCUGCCGAAUACAAAAGAAACAAGAUAUCUUUGCAGCAGAGUCAAGAUAGGAAUAAUUUAUUGACUACAUUCAUAGUCUGAGAAAAUAUAAUGUUUCAUUUAUUGGUAAAUUUUCUAUUAUUUAUGUAUUAUGAAAAUUCAACAUGUAAGAGAGUUUACCUGUAUAUUACAAAUGGUUAUUAUGAAUGAAUUAUUAUUAUGGAUUAAUACUA